AUCACGUGUCCUGUUUGCCUUGUAUUGUUUUUGCCCUUGUUUGAUCUCACCAAUUAAAUCUCUUCACAUCUUUGUUGCAAUAAAAAAUCUUUUUGUUGUUUUCAGUGAAAUAAUGGGAACUAUCGGAGAUGCUGUUGCAAGUGACUUCUUGCAAUCAAAGAUAUUGACCAGGCGGAAUCUUCUUCUUCAUAGAAUUUCUAAACGGAAGAUCUUCCAUGCUCAUCAGAAUAGGCUCAAUUGUGGAUGCUUGUCUGUGUUUAAUGACAGAAGCACUUUAAGGAGCAGGCAUUUUGUAAAUGCAAUGGCAGUUGUUUCUAAUGGUUUACAUACUGCUGUAUCUGAAGAUUGUAGUGAACCGAUACAGAACUUAGAGAUAAUGCACUUUUACCGACAACCUUUGAUUCAAAAAAAUGCAAAGGCAGAGCUCCUAAAGCAGAUCCAGAUGAAAGUUUCUAAUAAUAUUGUUGAUAUAAAAACUGAGCAGUGUUUUAAUGUCGGUCUCAAUGCUGAGUUGUCUAAGGAGAAACUUGGGAUUCUUAAAUGGCUUCUACAAGAGACUUAUGAACCAGAGAAUUUGCACACCAACAGUUUUCUAGAGGAGCCUACUUAUGGUGUUUCUACAUGUCUGAUUGAGGUAGGACCCCGCAUGUCCUUUACAACAGCUUGGUCAUCUAAUGCAGUAUCAAUUUGCCAAUCAUGCACGUUGACAGAGGUGAGUCGAAUGGAGAGGUCCAGAAGGUAUCUGUUGUAUAUCAAGGAUGGAAGUCAUCUAUCAUUAGAGAGUAUAAUCAAUAGCUUUGCUUCUAUAGUUCAUGAUAGGAUGACAGAGUGUAUAUAUCCCAGUAAGCUUACUACAUUUAGGACAGAUGUUGUCCCUGAGCCUGUUGGUUUAGUCCCAAUUAUUGAGAGAGGAAAAGAAGCAUUGGAACAGAUGAAUUUGAAAAUGGGCCUUGCAUUUGAUGAACAUGAUAUUGAAUACUAUACAAGUCUUUUCAGGGAUGAUAUUAAGCGUAAUCCUACAACUGUUGAGCUUUUUGAUAUUGCCCAGUCAAACAGUGAACAUAGCAGACACUGGUUUUUCAAUGGGAAACUUGUUAUCGAUGGAAAGCCGAUCAACACAACAUUGAUGCAGACAGUAAAGAGUACCUUGAAGGCUAAUCCAAGAAAUUCCGUAAUCGGAUUUAAGGAUAACUCAAGUGCAAUUAAGGGAUUCCCUAUAAAUUUUCUGCAUCCGAUGCUGCCUGGUUCUGUUUCAUCAUUGUGCUAUCGGAAGUAUGAUCUUGAUGUUUUGUUUACUGCAGAAACUCAUAAUUUCCCUUGUGCUGUUGCUCCUUACCCCGGUGCAGAAACUGGUACUGGAGGUCGUAUAAGGGACACACAUGCAGCUGGUAAAGGGUCCUUUGUUAUUGCUUCCACUGCAGGCUAUUGUGUUGGUAACCUUCAGAUGGAGGGAUCAUAUGCUCCCUGGGAAGAUCAGUCUUUUUCAUAUCCACAGAACUUAGCUUCUCCAUUGCAGAUCCUAAUUGAUGCUAGCAAUGGGGCUUCUGAUUAUGGAAACAAGUUUGGAGAACCUCUCAUUCAGGGUUACACAAGGACGUUUGGUAUGAGAUUACAAAAUAGAGAACGACGUGAAUGGUUGAAGCCGAUAAUGUUUAGUGGAGGAAUUGGGCAGAUAAAUCACAUUCAUAUAUCAAAGGCAGAUCCAGAUGUUGGCAUGCUGGUUGUGAAGGUUGGUGGUCCUGCGUAUCGGAUUGGCAUGGGUGGUGGUGCUGCAUCAAGCAUGGUUAGUGGGCAGAAUGAUGCAGAUCUUGACUUUAAUGCUGUUCAGCGAGGGGAUGCAGAGAUGGCUCAAAAGCUCUAUCGUGUCAUUCGUGCUUGUGCAGAGAUGGGGGAGAAAAAUCCUAUAAUCAGCAUACAUGAUCAAGGUGCUGGUGGAAACUGCAAUGUUGUUAAAGAAAUAAUCUAUCCCAAGGGAGCGGAGAUUGAUAUUCGUGCUAUAGUAGUGGGAGAUCAUACUAUGUCGGUUCUAGAAAUCUGGGGUGCCGAGUACCAAGAGCAGGAUGCUUUAUUAGUGAAACCAGAAAGCCGAGGCCUAUUACAAUCAAUAUGUGAUAGGGAAAGGGUCUCCAUGGCAGUUAUUGGGACCAUCAGUGGCACUGGCCGGAUUUUGCUGAUUGAUAGCUCAGCUGUUGAGCAGUACAAGUCUAGGGGACUUCCACCUCCACCUCCAGUAGAGGAUCUUGAGCUUGAGAAAGUACUGGGUGACAUGCCUCAGAAAUGCUUUGAGUUAAAGCGGAUCCCUUAUGUGCAGGAACCUAUUGAUAUUGCUCCAGGGAUCACCUUGAUGGAAUGCCUCAAGAGGGUCCUCAGACUUCCUUCAGUCUGCUCAAAGCACUUCCUCACCACAAAAGUUGACAGAUGUGUUACUGGUCUUGUGGCACAGCAGCAAACAGUGGGACCUUUGCAACUUCCCCUUUCUGACGUUGCUGUUAUUGCUCAGAGCUACACUGGCCUGACAGGUGGAGCUUGUGCUAUUGGUGAGCAACCAAUAAAGGGUCUUUUGAAUCCAAAAGCUAUGGCACGAUUGGCUGUUGGUGAAGCCUUGACAAAUCUUGUAUGGGCUAAAGUUACUUCUCUUGGUGAUGUAAAAGCUAGUGGUAACUGGAUGUAUGCAGCAAAACUUGAUGGAGAAGGUGCAGCAAUGUAUGAUGCUGCUGUGGCACUCUCAGAGGCCAUGAUCAAACUGGGUAUAGCAAUAGAUGGUGGAAAGGACAGUCUCUCAAUGGCGGCUCAUGCUGCUGGUGAAAUUGUCAAGGCACCUGGAAAUUUAGUAAUAAGUGCUUAUGUAACUUCUCCGGAUAUAACAUUAACAGUGACACCAGACCUGAAACUUGAAGAUGACGGUGUUCUGCUGCACAUUGACCUAGCAAAAGGAAGACGGCGCUUGGGUGGCUCUGCCCUUCUGCAGGCCUUUAAUCAAGUUGGUGAUGAGAGUCCUGAUCUUGAUGAUGUUCUUUACCUUGCAAAGACAUUUGAAGCUGUUCAAGAGUUGCUUGCUGAGCGGUUGGUUUCUGCUGGUCAUGACAUCAGUGAUGGUGGGAUUCUUGUAUGCGUACUAGAAAUGGCAUUUGCUGGUAAUUGUGGCGUGCAGUUAAGUUUGAACUCAAAAGAAAAAGAUAUUCUCCAUUUAUUAUUUGCUGAAGAACUUGGUCUUGUUCUUGAGGUGAGCUCACAGAAUCUUAAUCUGGUCAAGCAAAAGCUGGAUGGUGCUGGCAUUUCCUUGGAGGUUAUUGGAAACGUCACAGCAUCACCAAUCAUAGACUUGAGUAUUGACGGAACGCAGCAACUGAAAGAAGACAUGUCUUACCUGAGGGACAUUUGGGAGGACACUAGCUUUCAACUUGAGGGUCUCCAGAGACUGGCGUCCUGUGUUAACCUUGAGAAAGAAGGCCUCAAGAACAGGCGUAAACCUUCAUGGAGAUUAUCUUUCACUCCAAAAUUUACAGAUAUGAAGUUCAUGCAAUCUGCUUCAAAACCAAAGGUAGCUAUCAUUCGCGAAGAAGGAAGCAAUGGGGACCGGGAAAUGUCAGCUGCAUUCCAUGCUGCAGGAUUUGAACCUUGGGAUAUAACGAUGUCUGACCUUCUUAAGGGACUCAUUUCCCUAAAUGAUUUCCGAGGCCUUGCUUUUGUUGGUGGCUUCAGUUAUGCUGAUGUACUUGACUCAGCCAAGGGCUGGUCAGCAUCCAUAAGGUUCAAUCAGAAUCUCCUCAAGCAAUUCCAGGCAUUCUACAACAGGCCUGACACGUUCAGCCUUGGCAUCUGCAAUGGCUGUCAGCUAAUGGCUCUUCUUGGUUGGGUUCCAGGUGCUGAUGUAGGUGGUUCCUUGGGCGGCGGAGGUGAUGUUUCACAACCAAGGUUUAUUCACAAUGAAUCAGGUCGGUUCGAAUGCCGGUUUACUAGUGUGCUGAUUGAGGAUUCUCCAGCUAUAAUGUUAAAGGGAAUGGAAGGAAGUACAUUGGGUGUUUGGGCUGCUCAUGGUGAAGGAAGGGCAUAUUUUCCUGAUGAAAGUAUCCGUGACAGAAUUCUCCAUGAUAAUCUGGCUCCUCUAAGAUACUGUGAUGAUUAUGGUAGCAUUACAGAAGUAUAUCCCUUUAAUCUUAAUGGAUCCCCAUUUGGUGUUGCGGCUCUCUGCUCUCCUGAUGGAAGGCACCUCGCGAUGAUGCCGCACCCAGAGAGGUGCUUUAUGAUGUGGCAGUUUCCAUGGUAUCCGAUGGAAUGGAAUUUGGACAAGAAAGGCCCGAGUCCUUGGUUAAGGAUGUUUCAGAAUGCACGUCAAUGGUGCUCUUGAAAGCAAAGUAUUUAUUAAUAGAACUCCAUCCGGAAUAAAGGUUUAUGUUUCUUCCUGAAUAAUUCCUAAUAAGAUUGGUGCGUACUGAUUUCGUUGAAUUGUUACUUCUGUAGUCUUUCUCCAGAAUUUUGUCCGAGGUGUGAGACGGCUCAUGCAAACUGUUUACAGUAUCUGUGUGCUGUGCUGGGUGUCUUUUCCUGGAGGCACUGAAGCUGGUCUUGUAUUUUGUGAAAUGGCCUGUAGCGAAAUUUGUGUGUGAAUUUUAGUGGACAGAUUCAAUUAUUUUGUUGAGCUGAUUCUACUCUUUCAAUAAGGAUGUUUUGAGCAUCAAUUCAAAUGUCAUUCAUCUAUUGUGUGGAUGACUUGAACUUUAA